GCAAAUAAACUAACAAGCAGUUGAGGAUUCUGAAAAAUCAUUCUUGCUGUGGGAAAGGAAGCUUAACGGGUAAACACAGGAAGCGAGGUGUCGAAAGGGCCCCAAACACCUCACAUUAAUUGCAGGGAAGGGAGAAGGAAGCCCCUAGAAAGGGCAAGCUAUUUCCCGGUUCAUGUUGCUACCUUUUUGGCUCAAAGGGGAGGGCAAGACCUUAUGAGGCCAUCUUGUCAUGGUUCUGAAAAGAAAUAUUCAGCACUAUGUAGUAACAAUGGCUGCAGAGGAAGGGAGAGGGACAAGAGGUGGGAAUUAAAUGGCAGUGGAAUGGGAGCCUCUGCUUUCUUUGUAUAAACUUUGUGAACUAUAUAAAUGCAUUCUUUAUUUUAAAAAUGAAAUUAAAAUGUGUUGUUAAUAAAAAUAAGUGGGUUUGAUAUUUUUUUCUCUUUUCAUAUAGACAUUUCCAGAAAGCACUGCUUGGUGUCAUUUAGACUUUUCAGAUAGAAACUACUUAGCUCCAUCUGAUCCUAGAAUCCAGCCUUGGAAUGUCUCUUAGAAUCCAGUCCUACUGAGAUUCCUCGUUGGUGUUUAUGGAACAUUGAACUGUAAGACUUCUCUAAAGGCGUGCCCCAGAGCUGGCCCUCCUGCCUCUGCCAUGGCCUCAUCAGCUUCCUGGGGUUCUUGCUGCUUCUGCUCACCUUCCCCAUUUCUGGCUGGUUUGCCCUGAAGAAAUAGCUAAAGAUACUGACUGGAUUGUGACCAAAGCAAAAGGGACGGAGGGGGAGAAGAGACCUGGGAAAACAUCAUUGACCAGCCUAGGCCAGCCACUUCCAGUCUUUCUCUUUGCCACUUGGACAGAUCGUGCCCACCUAUGAGCGGAUGAUCGUGUUCCGCCUGGGCCGCAUCCGCACCCCCCAGGGGCCUGGCAUGGUUCUGCUCCUGCCCUUCAUCGACUCCUUUCAGAGGGUGGAUCUGAGGACACGAGCCUUCAGUGUCCCUCCUUGCAAGCUGGCCUCCAAGGAUGGGGCUGUGCUGUCCGUUGGGGCCGACGUCCAGUUCCGCAUCUGGGACCCAGUGCUGUCAGUGAUGACCGUGAAGGACCUGAACACGGCCACGCGCAUGACGGCCCAGAAUGCCAUGACCAAGGCCUUGCUCCGGAGGCCGCUUCGGGAGAUCCAGAUGGAGAAGCCAAAGAUCAGCGAGCAGCUCCUGCUGGAGAUCAACGAUGUGACCAGGGCCUGGGGGGUAGAGGUGGACCGUGUGGAGCUGGCAGUAGAGGCUGUGCUACAGCCGCCCCAGGACAGCCCAGCCGGGCCCAGCCUGGACAGCACCCUGCAGCAGCUGGCCCUGCAUCUGCUGGGUGGAGGCAUGAACUCCCUGGCAGGAGGCACACUGCCCACAGGGCCAGCACUGCCAGCCGCCCCGGUGGACACCCUGGAGAUGGUGAGCGAGGUUGAGCCGCCGGCUGCCUGGGAUGGGUCCAGCCCGAAGCAGCUGGUGGCCGAGGGGCUGCUGACGGCCCUGCAGCCCUUCCUGUCUGAGGCCCUGGUCGGCCAGGUUGGCGCCUGCUACCAGUUCAACAUCGUCCUGCCUGGGGGCGCCCAGAGCAUCUACUUCCUGGACCUCACUGCAGGGCGAGGCAGGGCAGGGCACGGGGUGCCUGACUGCAUCCCUGAUGUGGUAGUGGAGAUGGCUGAGGCCGACCUGGCCGCCCUGCUGUGCCGGGAGCUGCGGCCCCUCGGUGCCUACAUGAGUGGGCGGCUGCAGGUGAAGGGAGACCUGGCUGUGGCCAUGAAGCUGGAGGCUGUGCUCCGGGCACUGAAGUAGCCACCAAGGGCCACCUGUCACCCACCCCGAGCUGGCACCGGGCCGGCGGCUGCUUGAAGGAAGAGGCUCCAGCCUGCAGCGAGGAUGGCAGGGGCCCAGCCAGGAGCUCCUGGCGGAGGUGGGAGAGACCUAGUCGGGCCGGCCUGCACGUCUCUCCUGUGGUUCCCCCUGGUCGGGCCCUGACCUUCCCCGUCUCCAGCCAGGUGCCCAGCCCUGCCGAGCCCAGCCCACUAGGAACAGCCUGAUGCCACCUGGCCCGGGCCUGCACCAGGGACUAAAGCGUGUGGGUCCAAGUGUGUGAUGAGGGCCCACAGAGGACAGGAGGGCAGACUGGCGGGUGGGAGGAGGCAGCCCCCAGGAAGAGGUUGCUGCACCCCCUCCUGACUGUAGUCCAGGCCUUACUGGUGUGAGAGGAUGAGGGACAGUGGGGCUGCCGCUGACAGCAGCGCCCCAAGGUGACUCGUCCCUCAGCUCCAUGCUUUGUGCCUGAUCUGGGGCCCAGGACAGCAUGCGGGGCCCUGAUGUUCGUGCUUCUUCCAGGCUCCAUGCCUGUGGCCAAUAAACGUGGUGUUGACAGUGUGGCACAGAGUGUGGGGUGUGGGGUGCGGGCUGCAGGUGCGGGUGGGCUAGGUGUCUACACAGUGAUGACCUUGCUGGGCCCAGGCAGACACUGGGACCCUGGAGACACUGGAGGGUUCCCCCUGAGGGUCUCCAAGCCCCGCAAAAUCAUGGAUGGGGUGCUCUCUGUUCCUUUUUUUUUUUUUUUUGCUUUUUUUGAGAUAGGAUCUCAGUAUGUAGCCCAGGCUGGCCUUGAACUCUCAGCGACCCUCUGCCUCAGCCUUCUAUGUGCUGGGCUUACAGACAUGCACAUCCACACCGGGCCCUCUCCUUUUCUCUUUAUAGUCAGGUACAGGUUUGUCAGGAAGUAGGGACACGGUGCCCCAGAGCUGGUCCUACAAACAUUGACCUGAUGAAGUCUGGGUGAGGGGCCCCAGUCACCUUCAAGAGAGGAGUCGGGGCCAUGGCAGCUGCCCCAUCGCACUGUCCACUGCCUGAGGGGAGGGACACAGGCAGGGAGUCCAGGUUCUGGGUCCAGCAAGGACCUGUGAGUGCCACAGAGCUGAGCAGCAAGUCCUUUCUGGAGAGUUGGCGGGAAGAAAUAGAACCACACACACAGCCUGACCUCUCUGUGGAGGUUCAGUCCUUAGCUGCCCUGUGACUCGGGCCUGUCCCUUGGCCCAGGCCCUUUCUAGUUCAUUGGUUGUCCCCACCAGUGCCAGACCCAGCCUGUCGCUCCUGUAGGUCUUGCCCAGCUGGGGCCACCUCCCUCAAGCCCUGCUGCUGUGCCCUGGGGCUCGGGGUUCACCUUGGGGUCCUCCUUGGGGUCCCGGCCUCUCUGCUUCUCCGGGGGCCUCUUCCAGGCCUCCUCUUCGGUCCCCACCUGCCACAUGGCCACCCUGAGGCCCAGCAGGGCUGUCCUUGGCUGAGCAACCCCUCUUCCAGCAGUCACUGUGCCUGUUCCCUGCCAUCUGCCCCUGUUCCUGCUGGGCCACAAGCCCUGUGGCAUGGUCACCACAGUUGCCUUCCCAGGCCGCUACCCACAGAGCCCAGGGCAUCUCCCAAGAGCCUGCGCUGCCCCCUCCCCUGUCACCUUUAGGGGAAACAAAUUCCCAGACCUUCAGGUGUGAGAGGCUCAGACAGCUUUUAGGGGAAAGUGAAACUCCUGCCUAUCUGUGUGGGCUGGAGCUAGAGGUCUGUGACUGCUGUUAACGCCCCACCCUGCAGAGAGGGAGGACUGUUGGACGGCCACCUGUUAAUCAGAGAUGGCUUCCGGGAGGAAGUGAGGCCUGACCUGGAACUCAUCACAGUGGGAAUAGUGCAAGGUGGAGGGAAAGCCCCUGCCAGGGCACAGGCGGAAGAGGCAGGCUGGCACCUCUGAUGUGCGCCCCUGGAACCUCAAGUGUGAGAGGGUUGUGUGUAGGGACUUUAUGGGAAGGAGACAGAAGUAACUGUCAUUAUAUGCCAAUUGUAUGUCCCUGUACUGAAUGAGACACUUCCUAUAUUUUUUCUUCAAAAUAACCUAGUAGAUAACUAUGCUACUUAAUAUGUUAAUAUACAAUGCAUUAUUUUGAAAUAAGUAUUUAUACUUUGAAUAGCUAGUACAUGCACACAUGGUUCUAAAGUUUAAAAGGAUUAAAAAAGGCAUACUAUGAAAAUUGUCCCUCAUACACGUGUCUCAGCACAUGUGACCCAGACCUUCCUCCAAAAAGGUUUCCCUGCCAUUAGUCUCUUGGUUUUUCUUCCAGAAGGUUUUUGCUAUUUUAAAACACACUGUUAUGUUAGAAAAGCCCAAUACAAAGAUUAAAAUAUGCAGUGUGUUUAAAUAAAAUUUAUUGCAAUGAAAGACACAUUACCAUGAAUCCCCCUCAAAAUCCUUCCUCUCACUUCAAACACUUAUCCCACCAUUCUUGCCACUUUCUGAAGCAGGUCUAGAAGUCCUCUUUUGUGUCUUUUUGAGGUGUGAUUGAGAAUUCAGUGAAUGCUGCUGCCAGGCGCCAUCCUGCAGAAAGGCAGGCUCAUAAGAACAUGACAGUGUGUUCUCAUCAACUUUAUUCACCGGACCCGACAUUGUUACUUCCGGCUCAUCCCAAAGUCAAAAUGAUCAUGAAAGAGAAGCAUUUGGAAUGGAUUCCGGACACUGAGGCAGCCACAAUAGCUCAACUAAAAACACUGAAGAAAGGACUCCAGAGCUGCUUUAGAAAGUGGUCAGAAAAUGGGGUAAACACCUAAGAGUGUUUGAAGGAGGAUUGUGGAGGGAAGGGGUUAACUGCAAUGUGUCUUUUACUAUAAGAAAUUAUUUUGUAACUUAAACGUUCAUGGUAUUCUUUUUACCCAGUUCAUAGCUAUCCUCUGGAUACAAUGUUGCUUUACCCAUUUAAGGACAUGCCUUAGGAUCUUUCCUUAUUAGCACCCACUUUCCCCGUGAUAUUUUGGAUUACAAGGGAUUCUACUGUAGUACCAUCAUUUAUUUAACUUUUCCUGGGUGGGUGAUUUCUUUCUAGUGUUUUGCUACAGCUACAGUGAAUAACCUGUAUCAACUUUUACUGUGCUGUUUUGCCAAUGGCUGACAGAAUCUUAGAACUGGAGCUGCUGGGUCAAAGCACUUGUAAAUUCAUAAAUAUGUAAUUUAAUAAAUAUUGCCAACAUGCCCUCUUUGGAGAUUUUACCCAU